AAAAAACCUUUUGAAUUUCAAGGGGGGAGUAAUAAAAAAAUCAGACCGUUGUUUCUGUUCAUCUUCAGACAUGAGGAGUCUCUACUAAUAUACAAAUCUCACCUUGAAAGAAACAAAUCAUAUGUUCUUCUUCCUCUUAUCCAGAAAACAACAGAGAAAACCAGAGAGAGAGAGAAGUCGCAGAGUCAAUCACAAUGCCUGCGAUAAGCACGAGGGCGAAAUCUUCUGUACCCGCCGUGACGAACCCUAAUCCAACCGUCGUCGGUGGAGCCUCGAACGUAUCGAUCUACGAGAAAUGCAGAGAAGAGAGGAUCAAGGAGAAUCUCCAGAGGAUGCAGAAUCUCGGCAUCAUCGAUCUCUCCCUCAAGCUCAAAUCCGAGACCCGACCCGUGAAGAGGCGCUACACUAAAGCUGCUGAUUCGAAUCCAGAUCUUAGAUCUUCCGCUCGAAACACCCCUCCUCCUUCUCUUCAGCUCGCCGUCUCCACCAGACGAUCCUCAAGGUUGAAGGAUGCAGCGCCAGUUACCUACUUCGAGGAAGCGGAAGGGAAGAAGGGUAAAGCAUCUAAAGAAGUGGUUUUGUGGAUUGGAGAAGGAGGCGAAAGGCCAGAGAUUUACACUGAUGAACAUGAGAAGCUGCUAGGUAACACUGAGCGGACUUGGGAGCUUUUUGUUGAUGGUUAUGCCAAAGAUGGGAAGCGGAUUUAUGAUCCUGUUAGAGGAAAGACUUGUCACCAGUGCAGGCAGAAGACGCUUGGUUAUCGUACACAAUGCAGCAAGUGUCACCCAUCUGUCACAGGUCAAUUCUGUGGUGAUUGUUUGUACAUGAGAUAUGGAGAACAUGUGCUUGAAACUCUGGAAAAUCCGGACUGGAUCUGUCCUGGCUGCCGCGGAAUCUGCAACUGCAGUCUCUGUCGUAAGCGUAAAGGGUGGUUGCCAACUGGUACAGCUUACAAGAAGGUAUGUAAGCUAGGGUACAAGUCUGUUGCACAUUAUCUGAUUCAAAACAACAAGCAGGCAGAAACAAACGAGGAUGAUGAAACUGAAGAAACUCCUUCCCAAGCUUCUGCAAAGAGAUCGCUAUCUUUCAAAGAAGCAAAGGUGUCUUCUGAAGAAGAAGAAGAUAUCAUCCUCCAGAUCACUGAUGGGCGUGCGGUUCAGGAGGAGAAUCACAUUGACGAUGAUAAUGAAGACACAAACAAGAGUCCGGAUUCAGGUGAUGAUGUCAAGCCAUUAGAUGUGAAGGAGAUGGAUUCAGCAACUCCUGUGAUGAUGACUGAUGUCGUGGCGGCUUCUUCUGGAGGGAAAGAGAAGGGAGGAACAAAAAACAAGAGGAAAAAGUCUAUUCAGCCAGACCCAAAUAGUAUUGGUGGAAGACUGAGGCAGCGUCGUAAGAGUCAAGCUUGAAUUAGAUAAAAAAAGUUCAGAUGGAUAUGAAUGAGAAACUCUCUCACCUCUAAAUGUUUAAGUUCUUCAUGUGCUUUUUGCUUGAUGCAUUUUUAGGCAAAUCUAAAUGUAAUAUCUUUUCCUUUUCAUUACAAUGUUUAUGUAACCAUGGAUCUUGUAAUCUCUUUUCAAUCUUUUUUGUUUUUG